GAAUAAUUACUUUCAGCCAAAGAAAUACAAAUUGUGAUUUUUAAAUUUGUGAAUUUUCAUAAAUCUGUUUUCGUUUGACGUCUAAGACGGCUUGACAUUUCUGUGAUACUAGUGCCUUGAGUAUCUCGCACGUCACUGAGAUGACUGGGUAUGUCAUCGAGACGGUUCUGUGGUGUCUGGUGGUCACAGUGUCCUGUCUGGUGGUCACAGUGUCGGCACAGACUGAAGAUGAUCACGUCAAUCAGAUGGUUUUACCACAGAACACGGCCGAAAGCACCAAUACUAUCGCAUCAUUUGUUGGAUUCACGUGUCCUAAGGGUCACCGGUGUCUGCCGGUAAUAGAGUGCCUGCCCUGUGACUAUGGCUACUACAAGGACACGGAGGGGUCGGAGCUUUGCUCUCAGUGCCCUGCCGGAUGUACGACGCUGAGGAAAGGGGCAGAGACCUGGCGGGAGUGCGUCCCCAAAUGUCCCCCUGGUUAUGAGGAAUCCGAAUGCAGCAAGACAUGUACGAAAUGUCGACCCGGAUUCUAUAAGCCCAGCUGGGAGAACGUGCCGUGCACGCGCUGUCCUGAUGACGUCAUGUUCUAUGAGGAUGACGUUGGAAUGACGAGCGUUGAAGAGUGUCGCGGAAAUAAAACCUUGACAACGACAACCCCAAGGCGCGUAACACCUACAGCACCUCCAGAAACCACAACCGAAAACUGGGCCACAACAGAGCUACCAUCAGACGAUGAAAUAGUCUGUCACGACUACACUGCGGAUAUUGUCAUUGUCAUCGACGGAUCCGGCUCCAUCGAAAAGGAGGACUUUAAGAAACAACUGGAGUUCGUUGGGGACAUCAUUGGUGGACUAAAUGCACGUUCUCGCGCCAAUAUCGCCGUAGUUGCCUUCAGCUCGGAAGUUUACGACUACGUCUACCUUGACCAGUUUGCUGAUAAAGACGCACUGAAACAUCGAACCAUGAAUUUUUCUCAGCAGGGUUUAGCUACCUAUACGGGCAAGGCGCUGAAGUUUGUGGUUGAAGACAUUCUUAGUGUUAGGCACGGGGACAGACCUUUCGCCCAGGACAUCGUUCUGGUUAUCACAGACGGCAUGUCCACAGAUCCAGUAGAUAUGCGGAAGCACGCAGAACUGCUGAAAAAGAAGGCAACAAAGGUGUUUGCAGUGGCAGUGGGUGAUUUUAACGCUACCGAGUUGGAAAACAUUGCAUCCAAACCAGAGUACAUCUUCCACGUAGAGAAUUUUGACGCUCUUAACACGAUCUACGAAGACCUAAAAAAAUGGUCAUGUGCUGAUAACACUGCCGGAUGUAUACAAGGAGCCAUAUGCUCCCGAUACGAGCACGAUGAGAUCCGCUUGAGACUCAUGUUCGGCACGAACUGCACCUCGUUCUGUCACUGUGCUACCUUGGCAACCCAUGAGAACGCAACGGUGACCUACUACUGGGAGAGACAGAACUGUCCGCUUGGCACUCAGUUUGAUGAAUCCAUUAAAAACUGCAAUCAUCCAGAGAACGUUAUGUGCAAUGAUGGAUGGAUGUCUGGAGAAGGGGAGCCUCCAACCAACACCAUAACACCGACACCGGCAUGGACGACAGAUCCGACAACCGAUUGGACAGAUACAACUGGAGAGGUCACAUUGCCAACAGACAUGCCGCCUGCUGAAGAGGAAACAAUCGUGUGCCACGAUUACUCCGCGGAUAUUGUCGUCGUUAUUGACGGUUCCGGUUCCAUCGUCAAGGACGACUUCCGGGCGCAGCUUCAGUUUGUCAGCGACAUGGUCAUGGAUCUGAACGCGAGCGCGCGAGCUAGGGUGGCCGUAGUAGCGUUCAGUAAUGAAGUCUACGAAUACGUUUAUCUUCAACAGUACUUGAACAAAACUGCACUAGCGAAAAGAGUUAUGCAAUUCACUCAGCAGGGUUUAGCGACCUAUACGGGACAGGCGCUCAAGUUUGUGGUUGAGGAAGUUCUGAAUGCCGCUAACGGCGACAGACCAAACGCCCAAGAUGUCGUACUGGUCGUCACUGACGGAAAGUCCACAGAUCCUGAGGAUUUGUUGAUCUAUGCAGACCAACUGAAACAGAAAGCAUCAAAGGUCUUCGCUGUUGGAGUUGGCAGUUACGAACUCAGCGAGUUGAAGGAGAUUGCUUCAGAUCCGGCAUACGUUUAUGAGGUCGACAGCUUUGAUGCACUGGAUUCCAUCUCUGAUAACCUAAGAAGACAAUCGUGCGCAGACAAAAGUGCUGGCUGUAGAGAGCGGGCCAUAUGCUCUCAAUACGAGCACGAUGAGAUCCGCUUGAGACUCAUGCACGGCACGAACUGCACCUCGUUCUGUCACUGCGCUACCUUGGCAACCCAUGAUGACGCAACGGUGACCUACUACUGGGAGAGACAAAACUGUUCGCCAGGCACCCAGUUUGAUUCGUCGAAAGGAGUUUGCAACCAUGUUGGCGACUUUGUGUGUGAAGAUGGAUGGAUGUCUGGAGAAGGGAAGCCUCCAACCAACACCACAACACUGACACCGGCAUGGACGACAGAUCCGACAACCGAUUGGACAGAUACAACUGGAGAGGUCACAUUGCCAACAGACAUGCCGCCUGCUGAAGAGGAAACAAUCGUGUGCCACGAUUACUCCGCGGAUAUUGUCGUCGUUAUUGACGGUUCCGGCUCCAUCGUCAAGGAAGACUUCCGGGCGCAGCUUCAGUUUGUCAGCGACAUGGUCAUGGAUCUGAACGCGAGCGCGCGAGCUAGGGUGGCCGUUGUAGCGUUCAGUGAUGAAGUCUACGAAUACGUUUAUCUUCAACAGUACUUGAACAAAACUGCACUAGCGAAAAGAGUCUUGCAAUUCACCCAGCAGGGUUUAGCGACCUACACGGGAGAGGCGCUCAAGUUUGUGGUUGAGGAAGUUCUGAAUGCCGUUAACGGUGACAGACCAAACGCCAAAGAUGUCGUACUGGUCGUCACUGACGGAAAGUCUACAGAUCCUGGUGAUUUGUUGAUCUAUGCAGAGCAACUGAAACAGAAAGCAUCAAAGGUCUUUGCUGUUGGAGUUGGCAGUUACGAACUCAGCGAGUUGAAGGAGAUUGCUUCAGAUCCGGCAUACGUUUAUGAGGUCGACAGCUUUGAUGCAUUAGAUUCCAUCUCUGAUAACCUAAGGAGAGAAUCGUGCGCAGACAAAAGUGCUGGCUGUAGAGAGCGGGCCAUAUGCUCUCAAUACGAGCACGAUGAGAUCCGCUUGAGACUCAUGCACGGCACGAACUGCACCUCGUUCUGUCACUGCGCUACCUUGGCAACACAUGAUGACGCAACGGUGACCUACUACUGGGAGAGACAAAACUGUUCGCCAGGCACCCAGUUUGAUUCGUCGAAAGGAGUUUGCAACCAUGUUGGCGACUUUGUGUGUGAAGAUGGAUGGUUGACUACACCUGCACAGUCAACGCAACCUACACCUACGACGCCUAUUGAUUCAGGUUUUACGGACACCACAACAAUCCAAGCUGACGUGGACGAGGUUACUGAUCCAACAACAGGCUGUCCAAUCCGAACAUGCAGCGGCGUGGAGUAUUACGCGUUGCCUGGGUGCAAAGGGUUCUGCCAGUGCAAUGACGCCACCAAGAAGUGGGUGCAGCAUCUCUGUAACGUCCCACAUGAGCUCUUUAAUGAGGACGUCAAGAAUUGCGACCAUCAGUACAAUGUCAACCCGACCACGUGUACAGCUAAAACAACGUAAUGGAAGACCUUUGAUGACCUUUGAACUUCGAUUAGAACGGGAAGAAGUGCUACAAAGAACCUUAUCGAAUUAUUACUGUGAAUUUUCCAUUAAUUAUUUACAAAAUCCGUGGAGUAUGUCUUUCUAUAUUUUUCUACAACCCAUAAUUUUGUAGGAAACAAUGUUAGUUUCUUCGAGUUAUAUGAGUUACAUGAAGAUGGAGCUGUUUUCGAUGAACACGUGCAAAACUAUCAAUUUCCAUUAACUGUUUAUCACCAUUAACUGUUUAUCUCGACACUAAAUACAUUUCACGAAUACUGUAUUGAAUCACAUAAAGACUUUUUAAUAGAUUUUUUCAAAAAUGAAUGUUUUUUCUUAUUUAUGUAUAACUAUUUAAUGUCACGCACAUUUUCCUUUUUCCAUCAUUCAUUUAUAGAAUUGUUAUUGUUACCCAUUUUUUGUUACUUUCUAUGAUAUAUCGUGUCCUUGUUUGGUCAGCCUAAUUUUUCUAUUCUCUGUUAUUUUUGUAAUCGCUUACAAAGACGCUAUAGUUGUAAAACUUAACAGUCGAUUGAUUUCUAUUGUCAUUUCUAUCUCGAAAGUGAAACUAAAAACACAUAUGCGACUAAGUUUCAGGUUAAGCAUAUAUUUAAUAUUUUUUACCAAUCACAUCUGUUUACAUCGACUACUGAAUGUAAAUGUGAGAUAAUUUCGUUGUAGUGUAUAUUAAAAUAUUGUUAACGGUUUUUUUUCAACAAUAUGUAUGUGUAUGUUAAAAUAAACAUUCAUCAGGUUAUGACCUUAAUUUCAAAUAUAACGCAUCAGUUGUGUUUCUUUGUUACAUUUUAAUGGUAAUAUACAGUCAUGAAAAAUA